AUGGUAGGAUGACUAUUAUUAUAAAUACGGCCCCAUUUUUCAUCUACAUUAUACCCACUUCACUUACUAUCCAAUCUACCUCUACUAUCACUCUCCCCUAAAAAUGACGAAAUGGGGAACCCCCUCAUUUUUAAUCAGCCUUACUUUGAUGCUCAGUUUAGCCCUUGUUACUCUUGCUAACAACAAUGGCGAUUUUCAUUAUUUCUACUUUGUGCAACAGUGGUUAGGAUCAUACUGUGAUCAAAAUGGGGAAAAAUGUUGUUACCCACCAACAGGAAAACCGGGACCAGAGUUUUCCAUUUAUGGGCUUUGGCCUUAUUACAACGAUGGUAGUUUCCCCUACAAUUGCGGUGGCGGCAAUUUUGAUGAAGCUCUGCUUAAACCCAUGCAAGACCGACUAAGAAAGGAGUGGCCAUCCUUCACAUGCCCACAAAUCGGAAGAAAAUUCUGGGUCCACGAAUGGAACAAACACGGAACAUGCUCCAAAUCAGCUCUUGGUGAAAUUGCGUAUUUCCAAGCAGCGUUAAACUUGAAGAACAGGGUGAAUGUCCUUCACGCUCUUACAAGUGCCGGAAUUCGUCCAAACAACCAAUUAUACCCUCUUAAAUCAGUAAAAGAGGCCAUUGCUAAGACAACAGGGUUUCAUCCUUGGGUUGUUUGUAAUCGCAACUCACAAGGGACUAGCCAGAUUUGGCAAGUUGCUGUUUGUGUUGAUAAAAGUGGUACUAGACUUAUAAACUGUCCUUUUAUACCUAAAGGACCUGGUGAUUGUCAAGAUCAAAUCAAGUUCCCUUCUUUCUAGUUCUUAUCAUAUAUUUGUUCUUAUCUAGGACUGGGUACAAUAAUUAAUUCGUCACUUAAGUUUUUAGCUUAGUAUGUAAUAUUAAUGAUGAGUGUGAUUACUAGUUGCGAGAUUUGUCUUUGCUAUCUUGGCCUUCUGGUGAUAAGAUCACUUUACAUAAUCAUUUUAUUUUAAGUGAGCAUGCUAUUUUAA